CCCCCCCCUCGUCAUAUUUGUAUAGACUAGACCCUCUUCACGACUGCACGAGAACAACACCUCUACGAGCAACGGCGACACUCCUUCCAACAGCACAUACCUCGUAUCCCCUUCGGUUUUCAGAGGCUCUCUUCCUCCCCUCCCCCUCGUCUCGUAACACCCCCCUCACUCCCAUCAUGCCACGACACGGCGUGCGCCCAACGGCUGCUCCUAAGCGCGACGCUGCUCUUGACUACCUCCGGAAACGACAGGAUCCCCAAAACGGCGGCAACAACGCCGGCGGCGGCAACGGAAACAACGCCGGAGGUGGCAACAAUAACCAGAACGGUAACACUGGAACCAACCAGCAGGGUGGCGGUAACAACAACGGAACCGUCGGCACCGGCCAGAAUGGCAACGGCACGACCAACGGCAACGCUACCGUGUCCGGCGGCGCCGGUGGGAACAGUACCAACACGAGCUCGACCAUUUCCAUUCCUCUCACAGCCGCGGCCGGUAGUAUCGUUAUGCUGGAGCCAUCGCAGAGGGUUGACACGGUGUCCUAUUACAAGAUUGCACCAAGUGAAACAAUCACGUUCCGCUGGAACAUGACCAAUCUCUACGUUCAACCGUCUAACAUCACUGUCGUCGCAUCGUGCUCGGACAACGGUAACACGUAUCCCGUUGGCCCUACCAACGGGGCGCAAAAUGUGUUUGAUGGCAAUACAACCGAAGUUCACUGGGUUCCGUACGACUGGGAGCAGGUGCCGGGGCAGCCGCGGUUUGCGGCGGCUUCGUACACUCUCAAGAUCUGGGACGAGCGCGGACCGGGUGUGGGCAUCAAGGGUGGCUAUCUCAGCCCUUACUCUGGUACAAGGUUUGGCAUGUACAUCCCACAAAAGUACACGCCGCUGGCUGAAUGGACGUGCGCGACCUGCUCAUCUGCGCAGCGCCUGCUGGGCGAGCCCGCUGGCCUGAGCAUUCUGACCUCGCUGAUCGUUGUGCUUGUGAGCGCCUACGCCGUGCUGCGCCGCGCAUGAGCGACAUUAAUGUCUGUCCCUUUUAUGGACACUCGAGGACUUUUUUUGCAUAGACACGACCGUGAUGUACAUUGGUAAUGACUA